UAGUUGUCGGUGGAGGGGAGUUGAGGCUGAAGUGCCGGCGGUGAGACUGAGCCGCUCAGACCAGCCGCGGAGGACGUGAGAAAAGCAUGCUGCUGUCUUAUCACCGCCAACACUGACACAAGAAUAAAAGGCCUCGCUCAUGGCCCGUAGUGGUGGUGCCUGUUAGAGUAUCCAGCAGCUCCUGAGGGGGCUGAACCUCUCGGGUGGAAUGCACUGCUGCGAGCUGGGACAUGCACGCUAGCUGGUGGAGCUUCUGACUGCAGGUUCUUGUGUCAGAGGACCGCAGGGAUACCACUGAGCUGCGCUCCUCUCCCGACAGGGCAUGUGUCUCGGGAAGACGGGACGGAAAAAGACUGUUGGAUAAAGCGGACAGAGGACCGACGUUGGUGUUGCACGCUCGGGAGAUAACACACAUCAAUGAGGACGGCGGGCAUGGCAGUAUUCAAGCAACAGAAGGUUGAAGAUUUCUAUGAAAUUGGCGAAGCGCUGGGGAGCGGGCAGUUUGCCAUCGUCAAGCGCUGCACAGAGAAGAGCACCGGCCUGGAGUUUGCGGCCAAGUUCAUUAAAAAGCGCCAGAGUCGAGCCAGCAGACGCGGCGUGAGAAGAGAAGAGAUCGAGAGGGAGGUGGACAUCCUGCAGCAGAUUCAGCAUCCCAACAUAGUAACACUACACGAUGUUUACGAGAACCGUACAGACGUGGUGCUUAUCCUUGAACUAGUUUCUGGAGGAGAGCUGUUUGACUUCUUGGCUCAGAAGGAGUCUUUGAGCGAAGAGGAGGCUACUCAGUUCAUCAAACAGAUCCUAGAUGGAGUCCAGUAUCUCCACUCCAAGAGGAUCGCACACUUUGAUCUAAAGCCGGAAAAUAUAAUGCUGCUGGACAAGAACGUCCCUCUGCCACGCAUCAAGCUCAUAGACUUCGGCCUGGCUCAUAAGAUGGAAGCCGGGGCGGACUUCAAAAACAUUUUCGGCACCCCCGAAUUUGUCGCUCCGGAGAUAGUCAACUAUGAGCCGCUGGGGUUGGAGGCAGACAUGUGGAGCAUCGGAGUCAUCACGUAUAUCCUCCUAAGUGGCGCGUCGCCCUUUCUCGGUGACACGAAGCAGGAGACUCUGGGGAACAUCUCGGCGAUGAGCUACCAGUUCGACGAGGAGUUCUUCAGCAGUACAAGCGAGCUCGCGAAGAGCUUCAUACGGCAACUCCUGGAGAAAGACACGAGAAAGCGGUUGACAAUACAAGACGCUCUCAACCAUCCCUGGAUCAAGCCCUCGAAUUCAAGACAGGCCAUGGUGAAGAGGCUGUCGGUGGUUAACUUGGAGAACUUCCGGAGACAGUAUGCCAGACGCAGAUGGAAGCUGUCGUUCAGAAUUGUGGCUCUCUGCAACCACUUGACACGCAUGAUGAAAAAGGGCCAUCCUAAACUGUCUGGCGAGGACGAGAGGAAUUGUGAAAGCGACCAGGAUGAAGAAGAGAUCCUGAGGAGAAAACCCAGGACUAGAAAAAGAAGCAGCACUUCCUGAAAGUUUUUGUUUUUCUUUAGUCACCAGUGUCAAAAGAGUGUUGGUUUUGAGGAUUUGGGCCGUUCUGAAAUUGUAAAAUUGCACUUAAGACAUAUUUUAAACACCAGCUUGUGCUUACGGGAAGGAACAAGCUAGCUAUUUGGGAAUGCCGCGAAUGCAGCGGUCUCCAGUAGGUGUGGUCUAGCCAACCUGUCUUGCAUGGUGACCUUUGACUCCCUCAGGCCAUGCUGCACACUUAGUAGCCCUCAGGAGAAGUAUUUCUUGAUAUAUACAUUCACAUUUAUCAAAUUUGCCUUUCCAAAAAUACAGCGAGUAUUUUCUGCAUCGUGACGGCUUGACUGUAUGAAUUUAUAAUAUAGCCGAGAGUCCAUCCAUCCAUCCAUUAUCCAAAUCGCUCAUCCUUACUCGGGGUCGCAGGGAUGCUGGAGCCUAUACCAGCAAUCAUUGGGUGGCAGGCGGGGAGGCACCCUGGACAGGCCGCCGGGCCAUCACACAGGGCCUAUAGCCGAGAGCGGAGGGCAGAAAAAAGAAACGUUCCCUCUCAACUUUGGCCUUGGAAGUCUCCCACUUGGGAUUGGGCUGCAGAUUGUUCAAAGCGAGUUUUCUUCUCAUUGUGCUUGCUGCAUACACUACAGUAUGUGAAGGCCAUUUGGAUGAAAAUUGCCCUAUGGAUAUCAAACAAACUGAUGGUUGCAAACAAAGACAACCGAAAGGAGAAAAGGAUGAAGCAGAUCUUCAUAACCUGCUGUAUUUUUAUUUUUUUUUACACGUUCUUCUGCUUACUUUGCUAACGUGCGGAGAUCUUGUGUCAACAACGCCGUUUACUGUUAACAUCUCCAUUUGCCUCGUCAGAAAUAACCUGAAGCUUGCACACUCUUCAGCGUUAUCUCCUGGUUACUGGAUAUACAGCCAUGUUUCUUUUCUUUUUUUUUAAUUAUUAUUAUUAAACUUGCUCAUUUUCAGAGGCCACUUUUUUUGGUCCGGGCUAAAAAUAAUAAAGAAAAUACUUGCAACACGUGUCCUGCUUUCAAGGAUAUACAUAGUCUUUUUGAAAAUUGGACCGUUGAAUAUUUUUGUGCAAAUAAUAGAUCUGGAUAUAUUUUGAUAUAUUUAUGGUGUAAAUAGACGUCAGCCAAUGUCUUAAUUCCAGCUCGACUUGUGUCUUAGCUUAUUGAAACAUGCACUGUUGAAAGCAAGAAGGCAAAAUUUUCUGUUUACAUGUUACAUGUAUGUAUGUCCAACUGAAAUUUUGUUAAAUAAAUCAAUCAGUAA